CCAAAUCACAAAAAAAAACACAACACUUUCCUCCACCUAUUUAUUCACACUAACUCAAUUAAGCUACUGAUUUUCAAAUCUCUGUCUUUCAAUCUCUCCAUUAAUACCCUUUUUAUUUUUAUUCUUAUUUUUAAAAUAAAUAAUCAAGCUCUUAUUAUUAUUAGCAGCUCUGAAUCUUUGGCAGGAGAGUGCUUGGAAAAGGAGAAGAAGAAAUGGGAUUUGAAGAAGAAGAAGACGAGGAAGAGAUUGGAGAGGAUGCUUAUGGUGGUGGCGCGCCGCCGGAGAAGAAGCGGCGGCUGGAAGCCGAGAAGGUGCGUGAGCUGGAAAGAAGCUUCGAAGCCCAGAGCAAGCUAGACCCGGAGAGGAAAGCUCGGCUGGCGUGCGAGCUCGGCUUGGAGCCGCGCCAAGUUGCAGUCUGGUUCCAGAACCGGCGCGCUCGGUGGAAGGUUAAGCGGCUUGAGCGCGACUUCAGCUCCAUGCGCGCUGCGCGUGACGCUCUUGAGCUCGAUGUCAGCGCGCUGCGCCGCGAGACUUCGGCUCUGGCUUUAGAAGCCGCUGAGCUGCGAGCUAAGCUAACGGCUCGGCUCAGCCUUGGCUCCCCCGCUGAGAAGCCGCCGGCGGGUGAAGGGAUAAGUCCUCCUUUGGAGCAAAUGAUAGCCGUUGGAUUGGAAAGGAAGUCGAUCUCGUCGGAGGAAUAUGAGCCGCUGGAUUGCGCCGUGAAAAAGGGGUUGUUUUAUGAGGAAGAGCUAAUGGAUUAUGGUUGGUCACUUGGUUGUUAUGAGGAAUGGUAAGUGAGUAGAAAAUAUUAGGAAUUGGGAAGGUCUAAUGUGAAAAAAGGUUUUGUUAAUUUUGUAUAUAAUUUCUUGUAAAUUUUAUAAUUAUGUAUAUUAAUGAGGUAGUAUGAAGAUGAAGUUGUGGGGUUUUUUUUUUUAUAAUGUAAAUAAAUCAAUCUA